AUGUGCGCAAAUUUAGAGUGUCAGGUGGACAUGAGAGUGCCGAUGGGUCAGUCACGCAAAAGUCACAGGACGUCGCAUCCAUCGCACGGCGACUGGACGUCGCAUCAUCCAGCUACUACUAGUAGUAGCACUACUAGCAGUAGUUUGAGGCGAUCCGGCGACUUUGCAGGAGAUGACCCACCAGCCAGCACGGAUCUGGAAAAGUCAAGCUCCGACUUUCCCGCCUUCCGUGACUGCCCAGAAACGCAAUCCAAACGGCUGCGAAGCUGUUUCACGGGGCUGAUCGGCCGCGCAACCCGCGCGAGAGUGAGAGGGUCAAACGACCUCUCCACAGCCGGUUCGAAGCGGGGGUUCAGGGAGCUUCCGGCGCUGCCAAAUGCGAAGAGCCGCGUGAAGUCGUCGCAUCUGGUGCACUGGGUGGGGCUGCUCGCGCUCUUCACCUGCGCCUCCAUCUGGCACCUGUCCCCCACACCCCGCACUUUCCCGCACGCGCCAACGCUCGUGUGGACUCUUGCGCCAGCCGAGGCGCCAGCGGCGCCUGUUCCGCCCCGCCUGGCACCAAGGCUCGCAGCGUCGCCUGUCCCGCCCCGUCCCCGCCUCAUCCUGGUGACGCCGACGUACACGCGCGCGUUCCAGGCGGCGUACCUCACGGAGCUCACUCACACGCUGCGCCUCGUGCCGCCUCCGCACACGUGGAUCGUCGUGGAGAGCGGCAAUAAGACAGAGGAAACGACCAAGCUGCUGGAGCGCACGGCAGGCUACUGUGCGGAAGAGGAGGCGGGCGGGUGUCGGAAACUAGAAUAUGUUCACUUAGCCACCGGCUAUAAGGAGAACCAGCUGGUGUUCCGAGGCGUGGGCCAGCGCAACCUAGCUCUGGAAUACAUAGAGAGGGAAAACCUAGAAGGAAUCGUGUAUUUCAUGGACGAUGACAACGCGUAUGCGCAGCAGCUGUUUCAGGAGCUAAGGAAGGUUCGGCGCGUCGGGGUGGUACCGGUGGGGUUCCUAUAUGGGAAAGAGAGCCCCAUGCGCUCGUACGUUGGCCGCCCCAUCGUGAGAAUGGUCAGGGUGGGUGAGAGGGAGGAUGAGAGGGAGGGUGAGAGGGAGGGUGAGAGGGAGGGUGAGAGGGAGGGUGAGAGGGAGGGUGAGAGGAAGGAUGAGAGGGAGGGUGAGAGGGAGGGUGAGAGGGAGGGUGAGAGGAAGGAUGAGAGGGAGGGUGAGAGGGAGGGUGAGAGGGAGGGUGAGAGGGAGGGUGAGAGGAAGGAUGAGAGGGAGGGUGAGAGGGAGGGUGCUGCUGUGAGGGAGGAGGGGAGCGGUGCUGCUGUGAGGGAGGAGGGGAGCGGUGCUGCUGUGAGGGAGGGUUCCGUCUCUGCUGGGAGGGAGGGGAGUGGUGAGGCCAGGUCGAUGCACUUGUAUGCUGGCCGCCCCAUUGCGCUGUUGCCAUUGGAUGGUGGCAGAGCGGGUGAAAAGGAGGGGAGUGGGAGGGUGUGGGGCGAGAGAGGAGGAGUCGGGGGGAAGGCGUACGGCCGCCGUCGCUUGAGGCGCCGCAUAACUCGUGCGGCGAUCGUGGGGAGAGAGAGGAGAGCGCAGAUAGUGGGGGGGGAGGCGUCUUCUUUUGAGGCGCCGCAAAGGGAGAGGAGAGCGCAGAUAGUGGGGUGGGAGGGGUACGGCCGCCAGAUCCCGCUUCAGAAGAACCUCAGGGCACCGCGGCGGUACAUCACUGACAUGGCAGGGUUUGCGUUCAGCACGGAGGCGCUUCGCAACGGCACGGUCCAAGGGGAGAAGCAGCCCAUUCGCUUCCGGCCUACAAAACGCGGGUACCUCGAGACUGAUUUUCUAGGGCAGCUGGUGACACAUGAGAGUGAACUCGAGCUGUUGGCAGAUGGGUGCAGAGCGGUGUGGGUGUGGCACAAGCACAUGGAGGAUGAUCAUAGGGCCAAGUACCCCAGUGACUGGCACCCCGAGCAUUGGGUGAAGAAAAAGUCGAGAUCCGACUGUCUAACGGAUCGAUCUUUUAAUCUAGAUCAGAUUGCCGGCGAGCGCAUCACGGGUCAAGACGUCCGAACACAAAAUGUCACGGCGUGCAUGGCCAUAGCCAACAUUGUCAAGAGCUCGCUGGGUCCCGUGGGACUGGAUAAGAUGCUGGUGGAUGACAUUGGAGACAUCACCAUCACCAACGACGGCGCCACCAUUCUGAAGCAGCUGGAGGUGGAGCAUCCCGCUGCCAAGGUGCUGGUGGAUCUGGCGGAGCUGCAGGACAGGGAGGUGGGGGAUGGCACCACGUCAGUCGUCAUCAUUGCUGCGGAGCUGCUCAAGAGGGCGGACGACCUUGUACGCAACCGCAUUCACCCGACGUCCAUCAUCAGCGGGUAUCGACUGGCAAUGAAGGAGGCGUGCAAGUAUGUGGACGGCAAGCUGGCAGUCAAGGUGGAGAAGCUAGGCAAGGCAACGCUGCUGAACGCGGCCAAGACGAGCAUGGCCUCCAAGAUUGUCGACAUGGACAGCGAGUUCUUCGGCAAGAUGGUUGUGGAUGCAGUACAAGCAGUGAAGACCACGAACGAGAAGGGCGAAGUCAGAUACCCCAUCAAGGCCAUCAACAUUCUCAAGGCACAUGGCAAGAGCGCAAGGGACAGUGCGCUGAUCAACGGCUAUGCGCUCAACACCACGCGCGCCGCCCAGGGCAUGCCCCGCCGCGUGGGGCCCGCCCGCAUUGCCUGCCUGGACUUCAAUCUGCAGCGCACGCGCAUGCAGAUGGGCGUGCAGGUGCUGGUGACAGACCCUAAGGAAUUGGACAAGAUCAGAGAGAGGGAGUCGGACAUUACAAAGGAGCGCAUACAGAAGAUGCUCAAGGCGGGUGCAAAUGUCAUUCUCACCACCAAGGGCAUCGAUGACAUGUCGCUAAAGUAUUUCGUGGAGGCAGGCGCCAUUGCAGUGCGGAGGGUGAAGAAGGACGACCUGCGGCACAUCGCCAAGGCGUCUGGUGCCACAAUGAUGCUCACAUUCGCGGACAUGGAGGGAGGGGAGACGUUCGAUGCAUCUAUGCUGGGACAGGCAGAGGAGGUGUACGAGGAGCGCGUUGCGGAUGACAACAUUCUCAUCUUCAAGGGCUUUAAGGCCGCCAAAGCGGCCACUCUGCUCCUGCGAGGAGCCAACGACUACAUGUUGGAUGAGAUGGAUCGCUCCCUCCACGACGCCAUCUGCAUUGUCAAGCGCACACUCGAGUCCAACUCCGUCGUUGCAGGGGGAGGCGCCGUGGAGGCGGCGCUGUCUGUGCACCUGGAGAACCUUGCAACGACCCUUGGAUCGCGGGAGCAGCUGGCCAUUGCUGAGUUUGCUGAGGCCCUCCUCGUCAUUCCCAAGGUGCUGGCGGUGAAUGCUGCUAAGGACGCCACUGACCUGGUGGCGAAGCUGAGGGCGUACCACCACAUGUCACAGACUAAAAGCGACAAGCAGCACUUGGCAGAGUACGGCUUGGAUCUGGUGAACGGUGUCUUGAGGAACAAUGUGGAGGCGGGCGUGCUGGAGCCAGCCAUGAGCAAAACCAAGAUCCUGCAGUUUGCCACGGAAGCUGCCAUCACCAUUCUCAGGAUCGACGACAUGAUUCGCUUGGCUAAGGCCCAAGACGGGCCUGAGGAGUGA